CCUACUAGCUCCUUUUCCCACUGUGGUCACUUUCGGUUUCUUUUAUGCUCCUACUCACUUCCUUUUUUGUUCUCAGAGGGUUUGACUUCUUUGGUUUCUCAUUCUUAGGCUCCCUUGGUCCUUUCUUCCCAUGAAUCUCUUUCUUUCAUAAUUUUUUCUUACUGAUACGUACAGCAGUAAUUAAAUUCCCUGUGGUGUUUUUGUCUCCCAACCCCCCCAAUCCCAUGGGUAGGAACAAUGAAGGAGAGGUUCUUUACAGUGCAGGAUCUAAGGUAAGUAACUUGUACUCUGCCAGGAUGGAAGGUCAAAAGAAAAAAUCUCUUCUUGCAUCUAUAACCAAACCUGGAGUCGAAAAUAGCAGACCAAGCAGUAUGGUUGUGAAGAAAGCACAUACCGUAGUUCCUGCACAUAUCUUGGCAGAAGCCAUAUCAACAAUUCGUGGUCUUGACCUCAGAUGGUCAGGUCCGAUAACAACAACAGAAAUGCAAUAUGUUGAGCAGUAUGUCUUGGCGAAAUACCCCCAAUACGCUGGCUUUAUCGGAGAGAAGGUUGAUCUAUCUACUCUUUGUAUCAACGAGGAGAUUUCAGAGCCUUCACCUGACGACAAGAAUAAGUCACCAAGGGCUAGUCCGAGAGAGGUCUCCAUACCAUCCAUGGGAAGCAAUCACCCUGACUUGGAUAGAACCCAGUUAGAGCCAUCAAGACUGCUUGAUAUUCUCACAGAGAAAUCCUCAUUUCCAGGGAGUUUCGUAUCAAUACCUGAAAUUCAAGCUCAGCACAAAGUUCUGAGGCACUGUGGAUUACUCGAUAAUGAGUAUCUUGUCCUGUUCACUCAAAACUACAAAGAUGCAAUGAUGUUAGUAGGGGAGAGCUACCCUUUCUUCAGAGGGAAAUUCUACAUGACUGCUAUCGGGGAAGAAAUGGAUUAUGUAAAGGAAUUCGCCAGUUACAAGGAAUCAAAAGUGAUCCCGACACCAGAGAGUUGGUUGGAUUUGAGAAUCAAGGGAUCACAGCUCAGCCAGUAUUUUAGAAGGAAGUGUAAGCACAGCCCUAAGGGGCUAUUCUCAUACCCAGCUGAUGUGCAUGGAACUCGUUAUUCGAUGCAUUGGGUAUCAGAAGCCCAUCGGAACUCAUGGCAUGUUCUGCUGGACGCAACUGCACUUGUUGUGGGAAAGGAUAGGUUGAAUCUUGCACUUCACAGACCUGACUUUGUGCUGUGCAGCCCUGACAAUACCCCUACUAAUCCUUCAACAAUCACAUGCCUUCUUGUUAGGAAGAGAUCUUUUGAUACAACAACAGCUUCUUCUUAGCUCAAAGAUUAAGAAGAGGUUUUUGUUUGUGAUUUUUGAGCAUGCUUGGACUGGUUAAUUAAGCAAAGUCAAUACAUGUUUUCA